UCUCACUGUUAACCUUCUGGAACCCGCACCCCACUGCCCAGCUCACUAUUGAACCAGUGCCUUUCGAUGCUGCUGAAGGGACAGACAUUCUUCUCCUCGUCCACAAUGCAUCACAGAAUACCAUAGGCUAUUACUGGUUCAAAGGAAACACAACAGAAGACAGCCAUGAAAUUAUAUCAUACUCGAUACUCACACAGAACAUUAACACAGGCCCUGCAUUCAGUGGUCGAGAGACAUUAUACACCAAUGGGUCCCUGCUGUUCACGAAUGUGACAAAGGAGGACACAGGAUUCUACACCCUACGAAUCUUAAAUAACGAUCUCAGGCCUGUAUUAGCAACUGGAGAGUUCCGUGUACAUGAAAAAUUACCCAAACCCAACAUCACAAUCAACAACUCCCAACCCAUGGAGGGUGAGGACUCUCUAGCAUUAACGUGUGAACCUGAGGUUAAUUAUGCGACCUACCUGUGGAAGAUAAACAGUCAGACGAUCCCAGAUGGUGACAGGCUGAAGCUGUCCAACAACAACAGGACUCUCAUUUUAUUCAAUGUCACAAGGAAUGACACAGGACCCUAUGAGUGUGAAAUCCAGAACCCAGUGAGUGCCAGCCGCAGUGACCCACUCACCCUGAAUAUUUCCUAUGGCCCGGAUGCCCCCAUCAUAUACCCCCCAGACUCACAUUUCCCUUCAGGGACAAAUCUCAACCUCUCCUGCCACGCAGACUCUAACCCGCCUGCUCAGUUCUCUUGGUUUUUCAAUGGGAGGCACCUGGAAUCCACACAGGAGCUCUCAAUCCUCAACCUCUCUGCAAAUAAUAGCGGAUCCUAUGUGUGUUUCGCCCAUAACUCUGUCACUAACCUUAAUAGGACCACAACCAAGAAUAUUACCGUCUCUGAACCAGUGACACCGCCCCACCUCACAGCUAGCAACACCACGGUGGCGGAAGGGGAGUCUGUGGAGCUGACCUGCGUCCCAAAUGACACUGAAAUCUCCAUCCAGUGGCUCUUCAAUAACAAGACCCUGCCACUCACAGACAGGAUGCAGCUGUCCCUAAACAACAGCAUCCUCACCAUAAACUCGGUCAAGAAGACAGAUGAGGGAGAGUAUAAUUGUGAAGUCUCCAACCAAAUCUUUUCCCAAAAGAGCAACCCCAUCAUGCUGACUGUGAUCGCUGGCCCAGGCGGAGAUGACAUCCCAGGUGGACCCUCACCAGGUGGACUCUCACCUGGGGCCAUUGCCGGCAUCGUGAUUGGAGUCUUGGCUGGAGUGGGGCUGAUAGCAGGCCUGGGGUAUUUCCUGUUUUUCAGGAAGACUGGCGGGGCAAGCGACCAGCACGAUCUCACAGAGCACAUACCCUCAGCCUCCAACCACAGUCCGGGCCCCUCUGACCACUCUCCUGACAAGGGGGAUGAUGUUGCUUAUUCUUCUCUGAACUUCAACAUCCAGGAACUAACACAACCGUCUUCACCCACCUCCCCGUCCCCGACAGCCACAGAAACUGUUUACUCUGAAUUGAAAAAGAAGUAAUGCAACCUGUUCUGCUCGMUGCACUGGUGAUGUGCUCCAAGUCUCAGCACCCUCACUAGGAGAUCUCUUGUGGGGGAGGGGGAAGAAGUCCCUCCCCACCCCAUUACACACCUCCCUUCUGUGUCAACAAAUGGAAAGAACAUCCGGGAGUGUUCGGGCACACCAAUCUUCCUUCCUGUUGAAAUUUGGCAAAGUAGACUUUGGGAGAGAAUUGAAGGACCUUCCUGUCCCUCCAGGCUUCCUGACCUAGACUUGUUUUAAAUUUACUUAUCCAGAGUGUACCAAUUCCUUCCCAACCCAGUCCUGACCUAUCAGAUUCUAACCUGAAUUUUCCAUAACMUUGAGAGUUAUGUCCUUUUCCACUUAAUUACUUA